UGGGAGGAUUUCUUUUUUGCGCUAGAAAUUAACUGCACUGAUUGUUUAUUUAACAUGUGCAUGUAGGAAUCAGUGCGUAACUAACAAUGGCGACAGCAAACGACGAGGAGAUCCUGGAGGGUUUCCUUUGUCCCAUUUGUAAGGCCGACUUGAAAACCGCUUCACAACUUACGAACCACUUCGAGAGUUUACACCAAGAAGAACAGGAUGUUUUGAAGUCUCUAAAGGAGAUAUUUGGGAAAGCAAAGAAGAUUAUACUUAAUAAUGAUGAUGCUGAUAUUCAGGAAACGUUUGAUCGUGCGUUAAAGUUUAAUUCUCAGGACUAUUAUGAACCAAAUGAAGAGCAGACUGUGGGGGUGUCAAGGAGUUCGACUGACUACUUCAAAGGUGUGCGGUCGGCGAGGCUGGAGAGAUAUGCGACUGAGACCAACAAGUUGUUGAUUAGACUAGAUAAAUUAGUGGGGAACAUGCCUUCUGAACCCAACCUGAGGAGACAACAUGAACAAGAGGUAGUGCCAUGGUUAGACGGCUCAUCAGUGAAGCUGUGCCCGAACUGUGCGAAGGCCUUCAACCUGACGCGGCGGAAGCAUCACUGCCGACUCUGCGGCUCCAUCCUGUGCCAUGACUGUUCAACAUUCCUAGAUAUUAAUGUAGCUAGAUCAAUAAUAGACCCAUCAGUGCCACUCAUGCCCUCAGACCACGAGGUGACAGAAAAGACAGGCCUCCGUCUCUGCGAGCACUGCUACAAUCUCAUCGAGCUCCGGAAACAAGUGCAGGAGAGCCGCAAUGCUAAAACAGCGCUUGUGCAGGCAUAUGAGCAGAUGAGAGGGCUGAUGGAUCAGGCUAAGCCUGCUGUGGCUAUGUAUGAAAAGAUGUGUCAAAGCCUGUUCGACGGCGAGAGCACGUACAACCUGUCGGACGUGAACGCCAUGCGCGGGCGCAUCGGGAAACUGGCCGAAGGCGUGGACGCGCUCAGCAAACAUAUAGCCGCCUUCCCUGCUGAGCCAGGGACGAGGCAGGCUAAACUAUACUCUUCUAUUAGGCAGGCCGCUACAAGUUAUAUCAAGGAUGAACUUCUAUCCCUGCGAAAGCUGCCAACCGAGGCCCAGAUCGAGGAGGUCCGGCGCCAACGAUACGAGCGCGCCGAGCGACAGAUACAGAAAGAACGGGAAAGAAUGGAGCAAGAAGGGGCCUUAGCUUCGGCGGCGGGGCCUAGCCAUGUUGAAGUGCAGCACCACGAUGAGAAUAACCCCAUUUUGGAGCAGAUGAAUAUUAUUAGAGGCUAUAUUAAAGAGGCACGGAGGGAAUUGAGGUUCGAAGAGGUGGCAAUGCUAGAAGCGAACCUGAAGGAACUGAAGAAGGAAUACCAGCUGCAAAUGCUCUCUAACCGAACCUAGUCAGGCUUAGUUCAAUUAUUUAUUAUACAGGCUGUUUCAGUGCACGUAAUACAAAAUCAGUGAUUCCAGCUCUAUUAACGACGAAGAAUAUAAUGCCAGUGUCUUAAAAUUCUACGUGAUUAAACUUUGCUAAUUUUCUAACAAUAUAAAUAAAUCAAAUUCCCGAAGUGUGGUCACUCAUUGUGACGUCAUGGCAUGUUUGCUAAACGUCAGUUGAGUUUUUAAAUAUUGUGACAAGUAACACGUUAGAAUGCAUUUUAUUCAUAAAAUAUCAGCCUAGAUAAACAAAAAGGUGAGUUUAUACUACAAAACUAGGCUGGAACUAUUUUCUCUUACCAACCUAGGUAGGGUAACCAUGUUGUGACCAAAACAACAGACUUUAGGAAAAUUACAAUGAUAUUGAUGAUGAUGAGUAUUAACUAGUUCAGCGGUUCUCAAACUUAUUUUCCCAUGGAACCCUUUUAGAAAGCAAAAUAUCUGACGGAACCCUUAAAUUAAAUAAAAAAAGUAGUUGCAAUCUUUAUUUUAAUAAGUAAUCCUAUUACUAAAAUCUAAUCAUUAGAUUCGAAUAUGAUUACCUGAAACUGUUUAUUUCAAUUUUUUAACAAUUGGUGAAAUAUUUGGUUUUAUGGCAGAGAGUUGAAGUUGCAUAUCAGGUAACCAAAAUUCACACGGAGCCCCCAGAGAGGCUUUGCGGAGCCCUAGGGAUCCGCGGAGCACACUUUGAGUAUGGCUGAACUAGUUCAACAACACGCAACCUAACAUACUGUUUUAGCAAUAGGAACACGAGUUUUAAAAACAUGUUUUGUAUUACGUUCAUUGAAACACCCUAUAUUCUAUAUAUGCAUUAACGCCCGUUUUGUUUACAUUAUUUAUAUUGUCAUAAAUUUAUACUGUGUUAUUUAUACCUAAUUCGUAUUUCUUAGGUAAGCUU